GACCCGAAUAUCAUUCGUGUCCGACGUGACCUUGGUUCGUGUGCGCGCCCGGCUUGUGCCAUCUUCGUCUGCUUCUUAUAUAGAAUAUCACGCGGACAGCGAGCCGUACAUGCUGGUUCCCGCCAAGUUAUUACUUAUACCGCAAUUACACGGUAUUAUUACUCGUUGUACUUACUAAAGUCGAAAACAGUACCGGUACCCUUCUGGUGCGUGACACCAAAAAUCGUGCGCGCAAGUGUAGUGCCGUCGUUUCGUUUUCGAGUCAACGGCGUUCAACGUCUAACGUUUCAUACUAACAUGAAGUUAGCGGCCAUCGCCCUUGUGUUGGCUGCGGUGACCGUCAACGUAACGUUUGGCGUACAGCCGCCGCCCAACUUCGGGCCACCACAACACAAGUACAGACCACCGCCCAGUGGAGGUCCUAUCCCGGCCAAGUAUCCCGGCGGUCCGUUCGGUAAGAACGAGUUCUACUCAAAGUUCAACCCUCAUUCGGCGCCACCGGGUUUUCGCGGACCUCCUCCGCAACCACCGCAUUUCGCCAAGUUCCCUCCGCCGCUCAAGUCGUCUUACCCGCCGCUCAGCAAACUUCCGUCGUUUGCUCCCAACCUGAGACCGGGACCGCAGUUCCAGUCGAAACCCUACCAGUUCGCCGAAGGUCCUCCGCGAUACCCGCCGAGGCCUAGCUCGAAAAUCGUCAACAACUACGUGCCCAAACCCCAGGCGCCCGUUCCGGAAUUCCAGCGUUUCCCCGUAGCCCUUCCCAGCAACCCGGCCGCUUUAGCUUCCAUACCGGCCCCGUCGCCCCCGGCACCGUUGCCGGAGAAGCCCGUCCGGGGAUCGUCGUCGUACAUAAUUAACAGCGACGGUGAAAGCGGUCCGAUCAAGACCAUACCGGCGCCCAACCUAAACCCUGCAGACAGGCCGGCCGACUUCGAGGAACAGCUGUACAGAGCGCAACGACCACAUGUGCAACACUACCAAGUGCCACAGUACGUUCAGCCGUUGGACAAUUCCAUAACCGACGACAAACAAACCUACCAGGUGACCGAAGACCCGAGUUCGUACAAAACACACCAACAAGCGUACUUCGCUCCAGACCCGGACACAGUGCCGUCGUCCAAAAUCCCACCGACCACCGAUCCCAACUCGAUCCCAUCGGGCAAAGUACCGUUGGACAUCGCCUUGCAGCAACAUUUAGAAAAACAACAGUCAGUCGACCAGUCCAACACUUUGACGCCGCAAGAGCUGUACUCUCUGUUGAACGGCAAUCCGAGUUCGGUUGUACAACAAACGGCUUACAUGGUCCCGCAACCGGUAGUUUACGCCAUGCCGCAACAACCUUUGGAGUUGCAAUACCAACCGCAAAACGUCCAAUUGCAGUACUCGCAAGUCGCCGCCGCCGCGCCGUUGCAAUACCAACCGCAGCCCGUACAGAUGCACUACCAACAACAAUAUCCGGCCGUGUCGGACGCACAACAGUACCAGACCAUCCAACAGUCGUACGCGAACCAAGAACAGUACCCGCAACAAUCGGGAAACGUUUACGCUGCUGAACAACAGCCCGAGCAGUACCAAGAACAACAGCAACAGCAGCAGCAGCCGCAGCAACAACCGGAACAAUAUCUUCAAGAACAACAACAGUACUCGGACCAAAGACAGAAUCAAAUCCAGACGGAAAAGGACUACGAGCCGAGGAGCCCGUCGUCGGAGGCACAGGAACCGGCCAAGGAAGAUCAGGAGAUCCGGCGAGACCAACAGAACUUCGAGAGCAUCAAGGAUCAGUAUUACACGGCCGUGGGCAACGAACAGACUGCCGGCGUUUUGGCGCAGAUCGCCGAGUCGGCGGCCAACAACAACAUAGAAGCCGGACAACCGCAGGCCAAAUCUUUGGCGGCUGAGGCGGACAAGAAAUCGUCCGAAGACGACGUGCAAGUGCAAAAGUCGAUUCCGCUGUACGAAGGCUCGUACUCGUCGAGGAGGAGUAAUCAAGAGUACGCGGACGAAGGAGACGACGAGAUCAUGGCCGGCAGUGAGACAGUCGGGUCCGUCAUGUCAGUGGAACAACAGUGGCCGUCGACCAACAGCCACGCACCCCGUCAAUUCCCGUACAACGCGUCCAAAAUCAACGGCAUGACAGCUUAGAAAAGUAGCUGACGUGGUGUCAAUACAAAAAAAAAAAUUAUUUAUUAUAAUUUAUAAUUAUUUUUAUUACUGUCAAUUGUUUUUUUUUUUUUUUGUAUAUAACAACGUAACUUGCGGAUGUCCCACGAAAAACACCGCUGGACAAAACGUACGACCGUUUUAUUAUUAUAUUUACUUUUUUUUUAUAUACUUACGCCACUACUAUUUAUAUAAUUUUUUAUGAUUUUGCCAGAAUACGCGUGCCUAGUGUAUUUCGUAUUAUACAUUACACAUUAUACUGGGUUGUGUCGUAAAAGACUUGAACGGUAAACCAAGUCAUUGCUCAACGUUUAACGUACGGAUUGUUUCAAGUAUUGUCGUAGGUACGUUUCCUGUACCUAUAAUUAUUAUCGAUUGUAAAAUAUCUAUUUAUUCGUCCCACAACAUAUUAUAUUAAAAUAAUUAAUUUCGCAAAGGUCACUUUAAAUGUAUUUUUAAGCCUUACAUGAUACGACUAGGUAUAUAAUUUUGUACAUAUAAAUAUUAAAACAUGUGACAAACUUAAA